CCCCGAAGUCGGGGGCCUGUUGGGGAGCACCCGGCCGAUCAGGGUAGACGGGCGAUCGCGAAAAGGUGGAUUUCCUAACUUCUCCCUGCAGCCGGUCUGACAACCGCUAUGUGUGCCAGGCAUCAGCGUUUGCUUGCCACCUUCACACCUUCCCGGCUGCGCUCCAAGUAGCUUUGAGAUUGAAUGGUGGUGAUUCAGGCAGUAUGGUGCUUUGAGACAUGGGAGUCCAAAGCCCGCAAUUCUGAGAAGGAACCUUUUAUUGUCCCACCUCAGUUUCUCCGUUUUCCGCAGUGGUCAUGAGUGAGCAUUGCGCCAUGAACCUGAAAAUCACUAUAUUCCAGUAAUCCUAAAACGUAGGAAGUGCUAUGGGAACUAAGCUUAGGCAGAUGGGGACCCAAGACUGGCAUGCUACGGGCUCGGGGAGGGGGUUGGAGUGCAUGGAAUCCAAACAAAAAGAUGGUAACGAAAUGAUGCUGGAUGUUAGAUGAGUUAAGAGUUAUUAAAAUAAGACUGAGCUGGAACUCAGUGGUAAUGCCCUCGCCUAGCAGCUGAGGAUUCCAUCCUCAGCACUGUAAAUAAAUAAAUAAGACCAGACUCGGGAGCAGUAGCCCCUGUAGUUAAUAGCUAUGGGGAGGUUGAAGCAGGAGAAUUGCUUGAACUCAGGAUUUCAGGGCCUGCCUAGACAACACAGCAAAGACCCUACCUCUUAAAUUUUAAAUUAAAAAAAAAAAAAGCAAGGCAGGAAAAGGUAAGGAGGUCAGGAGUGGGGCAAAUGAGCGACAGACACGCGAGGCUAUGUGAGGGACAUAAGACAGACAAAGGCCAGCCGAACAAAAGAAAUAGCCUCAAAAAAGUCCCAAAGUGGCAGCAAUAGCAGGAGGGCAGUAAGGCUGGCAGAGUGAGGAAAUGGAGGCAGAGAUGAUCGGGGAGGAAGACAGAUCUUGUGUGAUCAGGUGAGAAGUUCAGCUUUUGCUCUGAGGGAAAUGGGUAUCCCAGGGGAGGUGUUUGCCCCAAGGAGUGAAUUAGUAAAGAUGCCCCAAAAUGCCAAAAACAAAUUGAGUGGAAAAGCAAAGGGGGCCUGACCACAAAUGGGGUUGGGGGAAAGGGCUGAGAGCACCAGGACUGUGGAGUCCUAGAGGACGAUCAGGGCCAGUUUGAGUUUUUUAGGAAGAUUCUCCCUGGUCACCUUAUUGAGAGUGGAUCAGAAGGGGAGGCUGAGGCUAGGAGUCAGGGGGAGAAAAGGACAUGACCAGGAUGAGCAGGGUAGGGAGGUGGUAGGUGGGAGAAACACUCAGGAGGCUAAGGAGAGAGGCCAUGGGGUUAGUGGGGUGAGACGGGAGGGAGAGAUGUUUCCAUGGUAAGGCCAGUGAAUGGGGACAGUAGGGUCACCCUUCCUGGGGGGCGGGGUGCAGGAAGAAGGGUAGGUUUAGAGAGACACAGAGGUCAGUGCAGGACCCAAUGGAAAGAGCCUGUGGGAUGUCCAGAGGAACUCGUGGAGACUAUGGGAUCUCCAAGUUGGGGUUCAGGAGAGAAGCCAAGUCUGAGGACAGAGAUGCCGGCACCAUCCAUACUUUUGGCUCCUGCCCAAGACUCUUUGCUUCAGUCUCAGUUACGCCACCCCUGUCUUUAGCCUAACUCUGAGCAAUGCUGGGCAUUUCUGUGUCUUCUGGUGCCUGCCUGUGCACCUUUCAUCAUGCUUAGGCCCAGCCAUGGAAUUGGCCGAGGGGGAGAAUAUACACACAGAGCUGACUCCCACUUGGCACCCUCUCCCCCAGAGCUGGAAAUGGUCAAAGCCCGGAACCAACUGGAUGCUGUCCUGCAGUGUCUGCUGGAGAAGAGUCACAUGGACAGGUUGGGACCUGCUCCAGCUGGGUUCAAAGGGCUGGGAGCCCUGGGUAGGUGUGGGUGGGACCCCAGAGGAGAAAGGUGUCUCACAGGGAAGCUACUCCUGGUUGUCCCACUCUGGGCCCUUGGCGUCCUGAGCCCACAGUUCUCUUCUGCUACCAGGGAGCGUCUGGAUGAGGAAGCCGGGAAAACCCCCUCGGAUACCCACAACAAGGAUUGCUCCAUCGCAGCCACUGGCAAAAGGCCAUCUGCCCGCUUCCCCCACCAGCGGAGGAAGAAGAGGAGGGAGAUGGAUGAUGGGCUGGCUGAGGGAGGGCCUCAGCGAUCCAACACAUAUGUGAUCAAGCUGUUUGACCGGAGUGUGGACUUGGCCCAGUUCAGUGAGAAUACACCUCUGUACCCGAUCUGCCGAGCCUGGAUGCGCAACAGCCCGUCAAUGCGGGAGCGGGAACGCUCACCCGGCUCACCACUGCCCCCACUGCCAGAGGACGAGGAGGGUUCAGAGGUCACCAACAGCAAGAGUCAGGAUGUGUAUAAGCUCCCUCCACCCACGGCCCCGGGACCACCAGGAGAUGCCUGCCGAUCCCGCAUUCCAUCGCCGCUGCAGCCUGAGACCCGGGGCACCCAAGAGGAUGAGCCCUCUGAGCCCGAACCUUCCCUCUCCACACUCAUCUUUCGCAACAUGCAGCGCUGGAAACGCAUCCGGCAGAGGUGGAAGGAGGCGUCUCAUCGGAACCAGCUCCGUUACUCAGAAAGCAUGAAGAUCCUACGGGAGAUGUACGACCGGCAGUGAUGUUCCGGGUUCCCCUUCCUUCCACCCAAAUAAACACACCUUGCCCCCACACUGGUCCGUGCUCCCGCCCCUCCUUCCUGGCCAGUCAUAAAGCACUUGGCACAGGUCUAG